CACUGGGCACUAUUCUAAGUAACUGACCUGCAUUAUCACACUCAGUCUUCAUAAGGGAGGGACUCAUUGACUCUAUUUUUUUAGAUGAGAAAAUUGAGAUUCAAAAUGUUGGUUAAGUAACUUCCUCAAGGUGAUGUGGGUAGUCCGAAUUCUUAAAUCAGGCACAUCUGGCUCCCCCAAACUGUGUUCCUUAACCCAAGCCCUCCAAAGGACACAGUUCCAUCUGGUGAAAGUCAGAAAUGUGAUGCCUAAGACUUUGGAUGGCCAGUUAACCAUGGAGAAGACGCCAAGUUACUUUGUGACAAACGAGGCCCCCAAGCGCAUCCAUUCCAUGGCCAAGGACAUCAAACUGAUCGUGGUGGUGAGAAACCCCGUGACCAGGGCCAUCUCCGACUACACCCAGACACUGUCAAAGAAACCCGAGAUCCCCACCUUUGAGGUGCUGGCCUUCAAAAACCGGACCCUGGGGCUGAUCGAUGCCUCGUGGAGCGCCAUCCGGAUAGGCAUCUACGCUCUGCACCUGGAGAACUGGCUCCAGUUCUUUCCCCUCUCUCAGAUCCUCUUUGUCAGCGGCGAGCGGCUCAUAGUGGACCCCGCCGGAGAAAUGGCCAAAGUACAGGAUUUUCUAGGCCUCAAGCGUGUUGUGACUGAGAAGCAUUUCUAUUUCAACAAAACCAAGGGGUUCCCUUGCCUAAAGAAGCCAGAAGACAGCAGUGCCCCGAGGUGCUUAGGCAAGAGCAAAGGUCGGACUCAUCCCCGCAUCGACCCAGAUGUGAUCCACAGACUGCGGAAAUUCUACAAACCCUUCAACGUGAUGUUUUACCAAAUGACUGGUCAAGAUUUCCAGUGGGAACAGGAAGAGGGUGACAAAUGAGGCUAGAGAUGUGGAGGGAAGGCUAGGGAAGAGCGGGGGUGGCUCCUUACCUGAGUCCCGCAUCCCCCAGGGUCUGCAGCCUCAGCCUUGCUGGAGUGCCAAGUAGAUUUCUGAUCUCCCCUUUUGCCCAAUCAGGAUUGCUGUUGGCUUAGGCAAACGGAUGGAUCCCAUGGCAUGCUCAUGGGGGUACCAGGCCUGCCUGGGUUGCAGUAGCUGGUUGACUAGAUGGCCACCAGAAUCCAUGGUGAAUUCUUGUCUUCUGCUGGUUAAUCAGGUCUGAAGACAGGAUAAAUAACUGUCAAGGUCAGAGACAGGGCCAUGGAUGUUUGUUUAAGUGAUUAAAAAAGAAAGGAAGGUCUGCUUUUGGCUGAGGGCAGUUGAAGGGGGCUCUCACUUUAAUUUGAGAAGCCUAAGUUCUAGCUGCGUAUCUGGCAAAGGCCCCUGCCCCACCAGCCUCUCACCAGAAUACUGAUUGUGGCAUCUCACCAGGAUUCUGAUUGUGGCUAAAUGCCCUAGGACUCCUGGGGAGCAAGGUCCUCCCUCUAAGGUGUCUCUAGCCUUCUCCUUAAAGGUCUCAUCCCACAACCCUUUGACUUCCUCUCUCCUCACCUUGGGAAGGCAGAGGCAUGCACGCUCCUCACCGAAAACAGCUGACGUCCCUGCAAGCGGUCUUUCUGAUAGCCCUCUAAGGGGGCGGGGGGGUGGGGCUCUCUCUUCAUGAGCAUCCUGGGUUGUGGAGAAGCUUAGCACAUGCCCUCCUUAGGAUCAGGCCCACAGAGCUGGCCUCAGAGUAGUGUGAGUUCAGAGCCCUGAGGCUGGUAAAGAGGAAUGCCAUCUCUGGGAGUGAAAAAAAGAAAGCCAAUCCUCUUGGUGGGUGGUGUCCAUGCCUGAAGACCCUCAGAGCCCUCGGUUCUGAGACAGGUUAUCAGAGUGGGCUCCCGCAGGGUUCCCUAGAAGGUCAAGGACCAGAAAGUUGGCAUGCCUUUUGAAUAACCUUUAGCAAUGCAACAAACAGGGGCUCGGUCACCGUUCUUCUGUUUGCCCCAUCCUCUCCCCUACUUGGUCAUCUCCUGCUUCAUUUGCUCGAUUCAGAGAUGACACCUAUUGGGGCAGUGACAAGAGGGCUGACUCCAUCUGCCAGAGCCAGUGUGUGGGGGUGGGGGAGGGUAAGGGCCGUCCGCAGACACCCCCAUCAAGGGCUGCUGAAUAAAAUGUCCCUUCCCAUUAGUCUGAUUCAAUGAAAAUGCACCAUUUGACGUAAAGCACUCUUCACAGAUCUCCAAAACCAGGAACUGUUCGAGUAAAAUUGGAAAUAUGUAUGAGUAGGGGGGAGUGAAAUGUGUUCAGCUGUUAUUAAACUGUCAUUUCUCCCACUAAAUGGAAACUGUGUUGUUAUAAAGCUUAAUGCAAUCUGA